GAAUGGAAAUUCUGAGCAGUUAUUUUCCGAUUUGUAGCUAACAUCAUGUCACACGUAAAUUAUAGUCCAAAUACAUCCGACUCAGAUUUAAAUGAAAUAUCAUUUUCGUUGUUUGAUUCAAAUGAGGAACAAGAAAACAUUAUGAUGAAGUGGAACAGUCAAGAGAAGAGAAGAUAGGGAAUGUGAAAAAUUUACAAAUGUUAAUAAGUAAGCAGACAAAUGUGUCUCCAUCUGGAUUCUUAUGUACAUCAUCUUUAUCGCCUCCAUCUACAUCAGUUACACAGCAACAUAAGUGGUCAAUAAAUAAUCAGUUGAAUGAAAACACUGAAAAGACUAAAAAAUGUGAUAAUUCUGCCAAACACGAUCGUCGAAUGGCUAAACAAAUGACUGAAAGGAAACGUCGUGAUCGUAUUAAUGCAUUAUUAGAUAAUUUAAGGACACUUAUCUUGAAAUUAUUACAUAAGAAUCCUCGUCAUCAUCGGAAACUGGAGAAAGCUGAUAUUCUAGAACUAGUUGUUUCGUUCCUCAAAAAAGAGUUAUAUCAGACUCGUAUUAAAACAACGAAUAAUGGCGCCAAUUCACAACAGGUAAUUUCAUUACAACAAAUAACGCAACCACCUAAGAUUGAAUCUUCCUCACCAAUAGUCUAUCCACAAAAUUGUACAAAUAAUCUAACAUUUCCACUACAGAAUCAAUCAACAAACUAUUACUUCAUCAAAAGUUCUGAUCCAUCAAAAGUAUCCUAUCCAAUUUAUGAUUACAUUCAACAGUGUCCGAAUCCGUAUGCAACAUAUUCCUAUAAUUUACCUUGUAAGGAACACCAUCAAUAUACGCCAUCUACGCAUCACCCAUAUUCAUUGAGUUACCAGCCAGUUAUGUUAAUUUCAACAGAAGAUGAUAUCAAUAAAGAAAAUCAAUUACCAACUGAUAGGCACCACGACUGUUACAAGAGUACACUGGUAAAAAAUUUAAAUUAUUAUCCAUCUUGCUAUUACGAUACACUUGAACAAAAUGCAAUACGUCAGCCAUUGAACAUAUUGAACAACGACAAUAAUAAUAACAGUUACAAUCAGAUAUAUCAACAAACCCAACUGAAACAAUCUACACCACAAUUUAAACUAUAUCCAGAUAUUUUAAAUAGUCAUUUAAAUGAAGAAAAAAUAACAGUACAAGAUGAAAACUAUCCCAAGUGUUACAUGUACUCGUAUAAUGAUACAAACCAAUCUUUACAAAGUUUUACAAGUAAUAAGAAUAUUUUUCACAACAAUAAUACUUCACUUCUAGGCUUAGACAGUCGAAGAGCAUUUUCAACGGAGUCAACUAAUCACGAAACAUUAUGGAGACCAUAUGUUUGAAAUCUUUUUUAACAUUCAUUUAUAUUUCAGUGUGAUUAUCCCCAAGUAAUGCAUUUAUUGAUUUAAACAAGAAGAUUAAAUGCAGUCAGACCUAAUAUUUUUCCGAAAUUUGAACAAUAUUUUAGAGUUUACAUAUACAAACUUGCAUCAAAUGACAUUACAUUAUUUAUUUAUUUAUUUUACGCCAUUUACUAAUAAACUAUUUGAGUAGUA